AUGUAUCUGAGCGAAGUGACGGAGCUGGACCACAUCCGGGUCGCCGCCCUGACAACACGUGACGCUCCCUUCGGCACGACGGACACACCCACCUUCAAACCGCGUAUCAUUGGAGGGAACAUGGUCAACGUCAUAGAACGGCCUGCUGAUGUCACCCACGGCUUCCCCCGAUAUGAGAAAUUGUCCCUCAUCUCAGACAAGCCGAACAACAUCGACCCACGCGCCUUGACAGACUUCAACCGUCGCUACAACGUGCCUUACCGGGACCCUUUUUCCAAGAACAGCACGACAGGAAAGCCCACCUACAUCACAAAACGCCCUGACUCCAAAGACAUUUCCUCUAAGUACCCGACACUAGCGCCCAUAGACGGGAACCGGAUGAAGAACCAUCAGCUGUCAACGGUCUUUGAACCGGAGUCCUGGACAAGACGUUACUACAAGGAGAGGGAGGAGCAUCCGGCUUUUGGUCCAGCCCAGAAUGGCGUAGGAAGGGGAGGAGUCAAUGGUCUCACUGGAAGUCACAGCUCAUUUGAUGCCAUCCCUCCUAGCACAUCCGGUAGCUCCAACAGUGUACCAGACGACCAGUUCAAGUCCCGCCUCCUGGCCAUGAUCCCGCGCGGUGUGUUCCUCCCGGACACGCCCAUAGUACUCACGCAGAAGGAUGAGAUGAGACUGCUCACUAUGCUAGCCCAGGAGCUGUACUACGCUGACCCCGUCAAACUGAGAGAUGUAUACCUAGACAUCGCCAACUCCGCCGAUAAACAGUUGAGGGGGUAUUGCCAGUACCAGGAGUUGUUUCAUUCAUUGGCUAGGGUCUCGUUAAAACUCCCACCAGACCUGCUCCAGCUGGUAGCCGCCAUGUUUGUGUCUGAUCACCGGAACCAGAGGGACGUGAACUACGAGAAGUUUCUGUCCUUUGUGGGCGUCGCCAUGAAGAGUAAAGAUAGAGUCCACCCUUGGCGUCUCCACGCCGGGACGAGGGGCCGGACCCAAACAGAGAAAUCCUGUCCCGGAUGGAUCUAGAACUAAAAGAUCUGGAGAAAAAUUAUGAAGAAAUGAAAUCUAAGUCAUCACGGCAAGGUCAGGACGAGCAGCCCUGGUUCAAGAGUUUCAUGCAGUUCGCGGACGCUCUUUACAAACAGGACGAACAAUACGCAGGCUCACUGCCCUAUGCUGACGUAGCCGAAUGGACAAAGCUUUACAAUGACGCUUACCGGCUGGAGAUCCCUGAUCACGUGAUCAGCCAAGCUCUCAGCCAAUCAACAAAGGGCGGGAGUGUCAACAUCCACAUGUACCUCACUCUUCUUGGGAGACGCUAACAGUGGCCUUCUUUAGAUUUCUCCUAAAUCACCUGGCAACAUUGUUACACUAAAAUGUCUAUAAAAAUUAAUAAGUAUGUUUGAGCGAAUAUUUUACAGUAGGCCUACAUAAAUAAUAUAACAGGUGAAUCGCACCAUUUCUGGGAUCUUGGUCAAAACGAAAGUUAUAGACUCUAAAAGACUAGAUGUAUGGAUAAAAGUUGGAACACUUUUCUCUUUUGAUCUUUUAUGAUCACAUAGUAAUACAAUCAAGUUACUGUAGAAUGAAAUCAAAGUGCUUAAACUUUUAUAAAGUGGGUUGAUAAACUGAAUUUUUUAAAAUAGAAAGAUAGAAUGAUGUAAAGCAUACCCCACAUCUGUUAUGAAAAGCUGUUUCCCUGACCAGGACAGUUUGCAUCCCACACGAUCGAAAAUAUAAUCAGUUGAGGCCUAAUCUUCGACAAGCUCUUGAUUGUUCUAAGCCAAACAUGCAUAUUUUUUAGAAGAUAGAAACCUGUUUCGUCUAUAUUAAAAAUUACGCCUUUAUUUUUUUUAUUUUUCAACAUUUAGAAUUUGAAUUUCGACAGAACAUUUUUCAAGCAGUUUCAAAUGAUACCACAUAGAUUUUAUUUAAAUUCAAAACAUUGGGCGUAGUGCAUCUGAACAGGUGGUCAACGAUUUCUGUGAACAGACCUUUGUGACCAUGUGGCAAGUGAUUUAUUAUCAUCCCAAUGCACACAAAAAUGUAAGGCUAAAAUGCCUAGCAACAGGCCGUCUUUCAUUUGGGUUAAAAUAUUGAAUUGUCACGUCUUUUGACAUAUUUCCAGGUCGUCUGUCUCUAACAGGUGUUUAUUUACAGUACAUAUGUUUAUGGUUAGCACUGCUGAUUCAGAGAGCUUGAUCGCUAACUGCAGUACCACUGACAUCACGCCAUGGUUGGUUGCUGCUUUGUUUCAGUUGCAGUAAUAUUAUAUGUACGUAUUUCGCACGAUAGGACCUACUUUGGUCUUUGCGAAAAUGUACGGUAUUAAUAACGCUGCCUUUCUUCUUUUAGCUCUUGUUUCGUAUUUUCGAAGAGUGAAAAAAGAAGAAUGACUUUUUUUCAGAAUUAACCUUCAAGACACUGAUGCCCCAUCUUUUUUUUUCUUUUUUUUUUUCGUUAAUAUUCGGUGUUUGCAGCAUCCUUCCAUCAUCUGUGUUGGUAAUGUGGUACGGAAAGACAUGAAAGGACAGUUGUACGACCACAGAACUGCCUGUCAUACUUACAGUGGAACUUAUAGUGAUCUUCAAAGAAAGAAGGAUUGCGAAACGACAAAUGGCGUUUCUUAUGCUUUAUUUUCACCGAAUCCUCAAGGAACGUGUGUUUGUCUUUUUAUUUCUCCGCCCGUACAAGUGCGGAGAUUUCUGUUAGUUCAGAUUUUUUUUUUGAGACCAUUGCCCAGAAGUUCCUCUCAAAUCCCCGUUAGUUCCAGAUUAUGGCCGUGAUAAAUUAGUCGUCAUGUGGAGCUUUUAGUUUAGGUUUUACCUAUGUUGGCAGAUAUUUUUUUUAAUAUAAAUGUCAUUUAAAGUAAAAAGGCUAAAAUGUUGGUUAAUUUUUAAAGAGGUUUGGGGGGGGGGGGGUAGAGAAGGACAGAAGGGAAAAUGUGAAUAUUCGUGUUCUCACAUUGUGCGAUGCUUUGAGAUUUCUAAUUCAGAAAACUAUAAUAAUGUUCCAUCAACAUUCAUUUUACUCAAUACAAAUCUGCAUAAUUUAAAGCACGAAUGAAAAAUCAGGGAUCAUUCACUUUUGUGAGUGACAUUUCGUAAAUGCUUGCUUUUAAUAUGUUUCUACAUCUCUUACAUUCAUUUUGAUAGGUCGUUUUUCCCCUUCUUUGUGACUUGUCAUUAGUUACAUUCAAAUAAGGAAGGUCUUUCCAAUUGCGCUUAUAUAUCAUUUAAAGAAGAGAUAAGAGCAUCCCUGGUUGCACUGUUUAUUGUCUUAAAGAGAAAAUUCAAAAUAAGUCUUGGAAAUAAUACAGUUUAAGAGUUUGGAUUAUCUCUCUGUCCACCAAAAUAAAAAAAAUAAAAA